AUGGUAGCGGAAUCAGUGGUUGUUACUACAAGGAAAGUCGGCGCAACCGAGCAGCAAGGAUUGAAAUGGACUUGGAAUGGCGAUAACUCCUAUGAAAUAUCUGAAGAGAAUGGCCUGCCAACUGGUACUCGCGUGCAAAUUCAUCUGAAAGCUGGCGAUUCGGCUGAUUUCUCGAAAGCUGAAAAAGUGAAAGAGAUAAUCGAUAAGUACUCCUAUUUUGUCGCUGCCCCGAUUCUUCUCAAUGGGGAACGUGUGAAUAGCUUGAAUGCCAUAUGGACAUUGCAGCCGAAGGACGUCACCAAGGAGAUGCACGAAACAUUCUUCCAGCAAUUGGCAAAACAGCAGAAAAAGUCCGAUUAUCUACAUAGGCCAAGCUACACCAUCCAUUACAAGACUGACACGCCAGUCUCGUUGCGAUCCGUGCUGUACAUCCCUCAGCAUAAGUUCUCAAUACUUGAAUAUGCUGCACAUGCGCACAACAGAGAAUGCGGCUUGUCUUUGUAUGCGAAAAGAGUACUUAUCAAGCCAAACGCUGUCGAACUUCUGCCAAAAUUAUCUACACUUAUAAUGCGGAAAUUGAAAAAGAUUCUUACGGACAAAGUCUUGAGUUUUCUGCAAAAUGAAAUGAAGAAGGAUCACGAAAAAUAUGAAGAGUUCUAUAAGCAGUACAGCAUUUAUUUCAAGGAAGGUAUUGUUACGGAGAUGGAACAUGGGAACAAGGAGGAGAUCGCAAAGUUAUUGCUAUUCGAGUCUUCAAACCUGAAACCAGGUGUGCUUACGAAUCUCACCGAGUACUGCAAGCGAAUGCAAGAAGAUCAGAAGGAUAUAUUCUACAUGUUUUCUCCAAGCCGACAACUCGCCGAGUCAUCUCCUUACUACGAAUUGAUCAAAUCCCAAAACAAGGAGGUUCUCUUCCUUUACGAACCAGCCGAUGAGGUGGUCUUUCUUUCGUUGGGACAAUUUCAAAUGAAGAGUUUGGUCGGAGUUGAGAAGUGGGCUGAGAGUGCUGCUUCCGCAGACACGGAGAAGGCGGAUACAAAGCAGUUUCGUGACAUCAACAAAAAGGAAUUGCUUGAUUGGAUCAAGACCACGCUAGGAUCAGUGAAAGUUCAUGAUAUAGCUGGGCAUCACCGACCUAGUGAUCAUCCAGUGAUGUUGACAAUCAAGCAUGAGAUGGGCGCUGCAAGGCAUUUGCUGCGGACCGGUGAAAUCAAAGAUAUGGAGCACUUGGUCUUUCUCCAACCAUGCCUUCAUGUGAAUCUAUCGCAUCCUUUGAUCAAAAGUCUUUAUAACAUGAAGAGAACUGAUCCAAAAACAGCAGAACUUCUCGUUUCACAGAUCUACGAUAAUGCUCUGAUCACGUCAGGUCUUCUGAAGGACACCAGUGGUAUGAUGCAAAAUCUCGUAGAUGUCUAUAUGGAUAUGCCUCCGAUUACACGGGCGUACACGACCGCGUGCAUCUUAACAACUAUGGCGGUGCAACUCGACUUUAUUACUCCAUUUCACCUGUACUUCAAUUGGGAUUUGAUUGUAAAGCGAUAUCAGUUCUGGCGGUUGAUCACAUCGUUCUGCUUCUUUGGAUCUUUUGGCUUUAGCUUCCUCUUCAAUAUGAUAUUUACAUAUCGGUAUUGCAUGAUGUUGGAAGAGGGCUCGUUUCGUGGUCGAAGAGCUGAUUUUGUGUAUAUGUUUCUUCUCGGAGGAAUUUUAAUGAUUAUAUGCGGUAUCUUUGUGCAGAUGGUAUUUCUUGGUCAGGCAUUCACAAUAAUGUUAGUGUACAUAUGGAGUCGCCGCAAUCCUCAUAUUCAGGCAAUUUUUUUCUUGUUUUGCUUUUUUACCGUUUUGCGUCUCCAAGCUUUCUCAACGAUCUAA